UCUCCAGGUGAAGGCCAGCGCCGACACAAUACGAACACCCGCAGAGUCACCACCGGCCAGAAUCGCGGGACGCCGCACCAACGCCGUGCGCGAGCUCUGCCCCUCUGGAAGCUCUCUCACCUGGAACAACCAACCUCCGACUUCGCGCGCCGCAGACGACAUACCUACAUAACGAUUACGAGCCAUACGCAGGCUUAUGCCCGGACUGAUCUCUCCCUCGAGUGCCGCCAGUGUCGGUGCUGUCGCAGGCAUGAAGAGGGCAUACGCCGCGGAGUCGGUACCGACGUACGGAGAGCCGCAUCCUAAGAAGCGCAAGGUCGUCCACAAGCUACACCACACACAACCCAUUCAACAGAUUGUCGAGCCGGUCAGCGCCGAGAUUGACCCUACGGGCGAGAGCAAAGACUUCUUCGAUCAUCAGCUGCUGCGCGCAAUCGCGCUAGAAUGCAAAGGCGUAGGGUUCGAUGGCGCGCGGCCAGAGGUGCUGGAGCAGUUUCGGGCGCUGGUUGACAGUUACAUGAUGAAUCUCCUCGGCGAUGUCCGCAAAUCCAUGACCAGCGCGCGGCGCACCGAACCCGUACCACACGACUGGGUCUAUGCUCUGGCCCGCGAUGGGUUCACCGGCUCAUCAUCACUCGAACAGCAUCUCGACACAGGCGAAGUCCCGCCCUCAUUAUUGCAACCGACCCUCUUCUCCUCAGUUCCCGAGCAUGACCCAGUAGCCGAGAUCGACGAGAUAAUAGGCCCAGACCUAUCCGGUAGGCCAGACAAGGAGAGCAGGACAUACAUCCCAAAGCACUUUCCACCAUUUCCACCGAAACAUACCUACGUGGCUACGCCCGUAUUUACACAGCGUGAGACCGAUCCGCGAAAGAUCAGAGAGAAGGCGACGGACGAGGGCAUCGAGGCUGAGAAAAGUCUGAGAAAGCUUAUGGCGAAGCAAAAGGAGGGCUUGCAAAAACAGAAAGCCGGCAAGCGGAAGAGGAGCCAGCGCAUGAAGGAAAGUGACAAGCUCUGGCAGGAAGCCAUGGAGGAUGUGCUCAAAGACGAAGCAGAGGCCGACGAGAAGGCCAGGCUGCGGCAGGAAGACGAAGACGAGUGGGAAGGAGUUGCGCUGCAGCCCAGGUCAGAACGGAAAGUCAACCUGGAGGAAGGCGUGCACGUCAACUACGACCGCAAGUUCUGGAGAAAGUCAGCGAGAGGGGUGUGAGGAUCCGACAACGUCGCAACAAGGAUGGCGCCAGCAGUAUUUGGUCGGUCGCGAUGUUUUCUCAAACUUUUGCACAGCAUUUCAGCGAGGCGUUCUUGGGUACACAUGCAUUUUGGCCAGGACUAGUGAGCAUUUCGGAGGCGUUCACAAACUGGCCCUGCUCUGUAGUUGUCUUACUACCACGACGCCAGGCAUUGCUAUUGCCUCGCCUCGAGCUUGAAUUAACCAAUUCGCAUCUAUCUAGACGAAAGAAAUCUUGAUGUGAUGCGGUUUCAUAUCGUACACCUCUCUCGUGACUCU